AGCAAAACAAAUGCACCUUCGUAACUAUCCUACCCUUUGUGGCUUUUAUAGGGGAAGUGAGGGUGAAAGGCAUGUCGAUGCUUGAUCAUUUGUGUAAAUCGGGGUCCUCACUAGGAUUGUAAAAUGUGCCUCAGAAGACUAUGAAAUCAUUCUGGGAAGCCUCUUCAAGUCCAGCGGGGGCGCGUAAAGGUGGAGAUGAGCCCGGGAAAUUGCCGGAACAAGAAGAAGAGGAGGAGGAGGAGGAAGAAGAAGAAGAAUCCCAGGUUUUGCACGGAACAGGCCACUGCAAGUGGUUUAAUGUGCGAAUGGGGUUCGGAUUUAUUUCCAUGCUCAACCGCGAGGGAAGCCCCUUGGAGACUCCGGUUGAUGUCUUUGUACACCAAAGCAAGCUUUACAUGGAAGGAUUUAGAAGCCUAAAAGAAGGAGAACCAGUGGAAUUUACUUUUAAGAAAUCUUCCAAAGGACUUGAAUCAAUACGGGUAACAGGUCCAGGUGGGAUUCCCUGUUUAGGAAGUGAGAGACGACCCAAAGGAAAAACAGUACAGAAAAGAAAACCAAAGGGAGAUAGAUGCUACAAUUGUGGUGGCCUCGAUCAUCAUGCUAAGGAAUGUACACUACCUCCACAGCCAAAGAAGUGCCAUUACUGUCAGAGUAUCAUGCACAUGGUGGCGAACUGCCCACACAAAACUGUUCUGCAGCAGCCCACUAGUUAUCAGGGAAGAUACGAAGCAGAUCCCCAGCCCUCCACUUCAGCAUUCCUGAAAGAAGGGGCAGGGGCUUAUGGCUACACAUCUCCAUCCUAUUCUCAGGAGGGAAGAGCAGAUGUCUUAGAACGCUCAGGCAGGUCACCGCAAGAAGCUGGAGCAUCGAGUAAAUUAUCUCCAUCGCCUGAAGAACAGAGCCGGAAGGGGCCCUCUGUUCAAAAAAGGAAAAAGACUUAGAGCUUUUGUCUUUCAUCUCCUUUACCCUCUUGGGAUGUCUACCUCAUUCAAGCACAAGGAGAAUAAUUCCACAUAUCAUGCAACCAACUUCAACUUUUAACUACUGUUGAGAAAACUUCUGGAAACAACCAGACCAGUCACUCCAAGCAGACUUCAUUUGAACUGAGUUUCCUCGAUAUUAUUCAGCUGCUUCAGACGCCACAAGAAACCAUGGCUUACUGUGAUGAGGACAGGCUGCAGCAAGCCUUAGGAUCACACGCUUCCCACAAUUCCCUGCUACCUCUCUCCUUGUCCAGCACAGCUGCAAGGAGCUGGGAAGCUUCUGUUUUUCUUCUUGAUUAUUGCAGCUUGAUGUUUUGUCCAAACUGACAAACUGGGUUAAUCUUAACUGGCUUGUUUGAAAUGAAACAAAUUCAGAUUGAGGGUUAUGAGCUGCUAAUUUCAGUAAACCUUAGUUAAGAUUA